GACUGCGGUCAGGUGGCUGCGGGGUUCUCUCCUUUUUGUUCCCUGUCCGGUGCGGGUCGGCUCUACAGUAGCGUUGGUGGAGGCGAAUUCUCGGCCGGGAAAGUUUGCGGCGCAGUGCCGCAGUCCCGGCAGCGCGGCCGGACUGGGCCGUGCAAGCAUGGCUGGCGGGGAAGGGCCGGUGUCCGGCGUGGCGGAGAGCCGGGAACAUCUCUUCAAGGUGCUGGUGAUCGGGGAGCUGGGCGUGGGCAAGACCAGCAUUAUCAAGCGCUACGUGCACCAGCUCUUCUCUCAGCACUACCGGGCCACUAUCGGGGUGGAUUUUGCUCUCAAAGUCAUCAACUGGGACAGCAAGACCCUGGUGCGGCUGCAGCUCUGGGACAUCGCAGGCCAGGAGCGUUUUGGAAAUAUGACAAGAGUAUACUACAAAGAAGCAGUUGGUGCUUUCGUGGUCUUUGAUGUCACAAGAGGCUCCACAUUUGAGGCUGUUUCAAAAUGGAAGCAUGAUUUGGACAGUAAAGUACUUCUUCCGAAUGGCAGCCCCAUCCCUGCUGUUCUUCUUGCAAACAAGUGUGACCAGAAGAAGGAUGGCAGCCAGAAUCUUUCUCAAAUGGACCAGUUCUGCAGAGAAGGUGGCUUUAUUGGAUGGUUUGAAACAUCUGCCAAGGACAACAUCAACAUAGAUGAAGCUGCUCGAUUCUUGGUGGAAAACAUCCUUGCCAACUAUAAAACCUUCCCUAAUGAAGAGAAUGAUGUGGGAAAACCAAGACUGGACCUAGACCCGUUGAAAGCAGAGAGUAAAUCACAGUGCUGCUAAUGCUACCACUGUUUGGCGAAUGUGAUGGAAUGAGCAGCAAGACUGUUCCUUAAAUCAAACUGCUGCUAUGGUGCUGCAUUGUGACAAUCCAUACGGAGUGUCUGGUAUUAUCUGAACAGGUGAUUCUUGUGGGUGUUUACAUACUCAGUUUCAUGCUAAACAGGAGUAUCUUGUGAGUUCUCUUGCCUCUUGGGUGGCUUCAUCUAAAUCUGAUUAGUUGCUUGCUUGAGAACAUAAGGUAGUGUUUACACUCCUAAAAAGGAACAGAGAUAACAUUCAGUGUCUACUUUGCAUUCUAGGAUAAGCUACAUUCCAAACAAGACUCACUCAUGGCUUUAGCUGAACAGACACCUGUACCUCUACUGAAUAUUUUUCUUUUGUCACCAAUAAUGCUCUACUUUAGCCUGACUUCUCACCUAUAUACACUUGUACUUAUCUGUCUCCACUAUAAGGGUCUGUUUCCUUGCUAGCUCUCUUGGAUCAAGACAUUCUGGAAAUCUUGAAGGGGCCAAUAUCAUUGGUAUGUUCACCAGGAUCAAGUGGAGUAGACUGCUUUCACCACUGUGUAAGAACAAGAUAGGUAAAGGUAAAUGAUUUUAUUGAAUGGAAAAGCACUGUUAAAUAGAUACUAUCAAAAAUACAUCUUCAGCUAUUCAAAGAAUAUUACUUUCAGCUAAUACUUCACCUGUGAAACACAUAAAUCAAUACAGUUGCAUUUCUGACAUACCUAUGGUAAUUACACUUCUAUGCACUUCUAGAAAUAAUCAUCCAGAAGCCUUUUCAUGCACUAACACCAAAAACUUUAGCGAGACUAGGUUACAUAAAUAUCUUGCUGUCCUGUGACAGUGAACUUGCUUUUUCCAUUUUUUCUGGAGAUGGUUCUGAGUAUUUUGAAUAAGAAUAGAUGCCUUGGAAGAAAUAAUUCAACUGGAUCUUUGUAGCUUGUCAAAGAUCCACUCCUUCCUUUUUGAAUUUUAGAACAGUGCUGCACUCUUCUGACUACUCAGUUUGUGAACUAGCUUACCAGUUUGUAGCUCUGUGUACUGAGAUGCUUGCUUCCUUGUUAUAACCGAUAUAUUUCUGGCAGCAAAUGAAGAUUAAAAGGAGUAGAGAACUUCAGUUCUUGGUCAUUUUCAUGGAAUUUUGUCUCUGCUUGGCUGAAAUGGAGCUCUGGAGCUCCUCUUAAUUUUAAAGGGUUUCUUCUGUCUUGAUACCUCACUGCUACUGGCUUCAGGAUUCUUAAUUUGCUUCUCUGAUGGUACUGAUGUUUAAGUAAACAUCAGCAUGAAGUAUGUGCCAGAUUGGAUGUACUUUAAUCUGUAUUGAAAUUACCUAGGCUGUUGUCUUUUCUAAAGAGUAACAUAUUUUUAAGAGACAAAUAAAUAUAUUUGGGCAUCUUAUCUUGUUAGUGUAUGCUUUUGAAUGAAUCUUCACAUCAUGUGUGCCAUAAAGGUGUUUUCAAGUAUCAGUGAAAAUAUUUAUUUCAGCAGUUGCUAUGGUAAAGGCUUUUUUUAGAUUACCACAGUACAGAAUGGCAUAAACUAAAACCAGGUUUAACUAGUUGAGGGUUAUAAGUUCAGGCUGGACAAAAUCUUAGAACCUUUCUAAUCUUUCUCAAAGCAAGGUUGUACCAGGCUGUUCAGGCCUUCAUAUAGUAUUCUGGUCUUAAACAUUCAAUGGCAGACUAUAUGACCUGCAGGAAAGCUGUUUCAAUGCCUGACUGUCCUCAUGAGCAUUUAUCUAGUCUGAUAAUGUCCAUGGUAUCACAUCUUCCCACUGUGUAACACUACAAGGAAUGCAUCCAUUUUGCUUGUACAGAUUAGUCAAGCUUUAGAUGUCCAUCUACAGGCUUUUUGAAGUUGAAAGUAGCAAAGCUUCAGAAAGCAAGUUGAACCCUAUCUGUGUUCCUUGUUUGCUGGCUUGUUUGGGUUGUUAACUGUGCUAGUUAACCUGGAACUACUGUAACUUUCCCGUUCUCUCCAGAACAAGUUAACUUGGACUGUAAAUCCACUUAAACCCACUUAACCUCCAACAUGCGUCUUCUAAACUUAAAACAUAACUAGUGGAGAAUUUGCACAGCCUGUUGGUUUCAUGCUUGUAUAAAUCAAAAUGUAUGAUUAAAAUCUCUUGACAAAUUGUGAUUUCAUGUUCAAUUUGCUUGAGAUCAGUAGGAUUAACAGACCCAUGAAAUGACAGGAAGGAUUUUUAAUACUAGAAAAAGGUCAGUUCUUUAUCUAGUGUGUUUAAAAACUAGACCAUUUAUAACAUUAAUUCCUUGAAUACCUACCUGACUACAGAAGUUGCCAGAUGUGGUAGACUUCAGGUUAUUGGUUUUAUUUUGUCUUUUUUAAUCAUGCAACUACUCUGCUGUUUCUUAUUCUUAGUUUUCAAACUUACAGCAGAAUGAAAAUCAAGAUGAAGCUUUGGGACUCUACCUGAAUGCAUGAAUCUUCACCGCCUUGUCAAUGACAGUGUAACCCUGUACAGAUUAGUUUUGUAGAUCUAAACUUCUGCUUGAAAAGCUACUGCUGUUUAUGUUUCAGUGAUUUCCUUCUCCUGGGUAUAGCUAGCUAGCUUCUGAAAUUCUAAAUGAAUGUAGAAUGAUCAAGAUUGUCAAACUGUAUAGUAGUUUUGAUGUGUUAUUGACUGGAGAAGUUGAGCCUGAGUGAUGUUCAUGUAAUACCAACAACAAAGAUCAAUCACAGUAGACAUGGAACCCUAUUUUAAUUAACACAAUCUCUGGUUUGGAAAGAUUUCUGGAAGUUUAGGCUACUUAACAUCAAGCUAAUAAGUUGAUGUCUAACAUCAUUUAUUUUAUGUGUACAGGAUAUAAUGUAGUAAAAUGAUGAUUCAUUUCAAUUUUUUCAUAUGAACUGAAGUCCUUUGCUACUUUUUAUUAUCUUUUGCAAAUUAGAAUAUGCCAACCAUAAAGUAAAUGACUUCGUUUCUUGGUCCCUGUAUUGAAGGAAUGAUUUGAGAUAAGAACUUGAGUAAAAAUCUGAGUCGGUGCUUCAAGUAAAAUGUCUUACUUGGCUUUAUUCCAUCUUAUUAAAUAAAGGCUGGAGAUAGCAUAUAGUUGUUCUGCACUGUAGUUGUGCAGUAUGUGCGGGUUAUGCAAAAUACCUUCUAUUCAUUUAAGAAGGUUAAUUAUGAAAACUGGAGAAAUUGCUGAUCCUUCUGUAAUUGUCUAUGUGCAGCUUAAAUGCAGUGGAAGGAAAAUAAGCCAUUUCCAGAUCUGAAGAUCUUUGUUUAAGAUUUUCAGUUAGUUCAGUUAGUUGUUGAGUCUCAGUAGCAUUCAGUCCUCUUAAAUUGUAUAAAUCCUUGCUUGUAUGUAGUGAUUUAUUAUUGGUAAAUACUUCUUAUAUACUGUUUAAUAGAUGGUGAUGGGGAAAAUAGAAAUAUUUGAAGUGAUAUCAUGGUAUUGAAUGUUGAAGUAUUUUGCUUUAAAAUUAUUGCUCCCUUAUCCUUCUUCUAGCUUUAAUAUAUUAAUGACUUUGAUUCUAAAAUGGAGAACUGACUGCUUCUUUCCUCCUUUACAAUACACUUUAUUUGCUAUGGAAACAGUUCUCUAAAUGUGCAUACGCCUUCAUUCUUCGUAUAAUAAGAUACUGGAAAAUAUAAGAGAAGAAGAUGACAGCAUACUUCACAGGAGUGAAAAAUGUAUUAGCAGAGUGCCAGAGAUCUAAAUAAUGAUUCUGUAUUGAAAUGCAUCAUUUACUUGGCAGCAUGUGAAAGGUCACUUCAGAGCUCUUUGUUCUUCAGCAGAACUCAUCAGUGUAAGGAACAUGCUAGAUUCAGGUAUAUCUAGUGAAGAUUUGGAAGGGAUUGUGCCUGUACUGCAUAUAAUCAUCUGAAAGCUCUGUAAGAUUGGUUCUUUGCCUUCUUUUUUUGCCUUAACAAACCACCCCAAAUGCGAAGACAGUACUCAGUGUGUUAAAUAGACAUGAUAACAAAUUCUUUUAAUGCUUUCUAAACGUGUUCUUUCAAUGAAAAAUUACUAGCUUAAACAUUUUAUGUUCUUUACGUAGGCUCAUUAUUAGUAAAUUCUACUAGAUAGUUAUCGUUUCAGUCUGUAUACAGAAUGCUUCCUGCUCUAACUACCUUAAGAAAAACUUUAUAGGGAGGGGAUGGUGUUUGAAUACCUUGGCUUGGAAGAUCUACAAGUAGAGGACCACCAUCUCAGUACUUAUUACAUUACAUUUUUUUCACAAAGAUAUAAAAGCUGAGCGUAGUGCUCUUGCAUCUUAUCAUUUGGCUUGAAUUCUAGAUGGAAUUAAAAUAGGUAGGAUUCCUAGCCUUGUCACCUUUGUAACACCUUGUGACCUUGUAAUUUUAAAUAUUUGAGAGUAAAAGGUAGGAGCUCCAUGUCAUGUGCUGUUUUAAUAUUAAGGGUUUGGGUAUAUUUUUUUAUUGUUCUUGGAAACUUAAUUAUUCAGUCCUUUGAUAAAACACAAACUUCAAAAUAGCUUUUUUCUUUUCUUUGAAAUUAGAACCUUAAGUUGUUUGUCAUAAUGAUCCUUCUGAAACUUGAAGUUAUGCUAAUAAUUAUUUGACCUGUUAAAAAGCUCUUAGUUCCUUAAUUAGACAACAUGAGCAUUUGGCUAAUUCUGUUUCUAAGCUUCUGUCAUUUACUGGUGUAUGUUAAAGUAAUGUGUCAUAUCAAUCCAGAAAAAUGGACUUUCAACCCCUCACAUUCAGGUAGGUUUGCUUUUUAACUUCUGGCUUUCAAUCUGCUUUUCAAGUGUCUUGUAAAUCAUAGCACUGAAUGUUACCCUAUUAUUAUAGUUGAGCAUGUUAACAGUUUUCACUGUUAAUAUUUUGUCCAAGCCUCUUUUGUUACAAUGACUGAAUUUGAUUUGUUUUUUUUUUGACAGUGCUAUCCCUGUUUUGAUGUAGCAAAACAUCUGCCCUAUCAAGAUGCAUUCUGUAUUAAAUUAUUAUGCCUCAAACAUUUCAUGCUCAGUAUUUCUUCAGUACAAUAAAACAGAUCACUUGUAUUGUUCACAAAGA